CCAGCGGUCGGAACCUUCGAGACGAAACGAAGGCUCGAAUUCAAGGCCUUUUCAAGGUCGCAUCUCAGUCGGCUGCAAGCAGCCCCCGCAGUCGCACGAUGCGACACGUACAAUGACGACACGCGGCCGGGACGACACUGUCGAGUUGUUGCCGCUCAAAUCCGCUCUGGUCAACAACAAUUACAAGGAAGAUGAUGUAUACUACGCUCCCAAUCAGGCCGUAGUUGACAAUCCAUCGAGCGGCAGCUCCUACGAGUACACGUUCCUGUCAAAACGAACGCCUGCUUCUAAACGAUUAUUGUCGUCCCGAAGCACGCAGCCGUCGCCGAGCCCACUGGUGACGCUGUGCGGGGCGCCGCCCCCGUCCAGGAAGCGAGAGGAGCUGGCUGCUCUUGCUAACCUGAGAAAGAAAGUAGCGCCAGCAUUGCUCAAGUCCGACAGAAACUGCAAGAACAACAAUAACAAUCAGAAAGCAGAGGCGACAGUAGUGCAACUCGACAACAGACCUAAAUUACUGCAAAGGGUUCUGCAGAACAGGCCGGUGAGCAUGGUGGUGCAGUGGAGCGAGGUGCGUACCGCGUGGCAGGACAGCGACUUCAUCACCGAGUGCUUGUGUUGGCAUAACGUCUACCGACAGAGACACGGCGCACCGCAGCUUUAUAUGGCCCCAGAGCUCUGCGAUUACGCUCAAGCGUGGGCCAACCAUCUCGCUCACACCAACAAGUUCCACUACAGGAACGACAGAGACGUAGGACAGAAUCUUUAUCAAAGGCCUGUUAGCGCUCUACAACCAGAGAUUACAGGGCAAGAAGUCUCGUCGUACUGGUACGCGGCAGUUAAGCAAUACAAUUUCUUUAAGGAAUCCGAUGUUCUUCAUGCAAACGUUAACGCUGGUCACUUCACACAAAUGGUAUGGAUUUCGACUCGUUAUUUCGGCGUGGGUAAGGCCAGAUCCCGCGCUGGCAAGGUCAUAGUGGUCGCAAAUUACUCUCCGCCCGGCAACAUAUCCGGUCGUUUCGAGACGAACGUCUUACCGCCGUUGCCGGAUAGCUUCCCGGAUCUGACACCGCUUCCGGAACACUGACGACGAUUUUCUAUACGUGGUAGGAGAUUGAAGAUCGAUGCCACGUAUAUACAGUAAAACUGGAGGCGCAUUGCUUGAUGCCCAGCUCAGUACAACUAAUUGCUUUAAUUACAAAAAAUGUGCCACGCUACUAAUAAAAUUUUAAUAUGUCAGUUUUUGGUUUACGGACAGCGAAUGGAUGUGAUGUAGUAUGAACACCAGAGGAUCCGUAUGGUCUCUUUCUGAACGGUUUU